CUGCUUAGAUAAAAAUCAUAGAGAGAUAGAUAGUAACCCAACAGAAAAAAUGGGAAGAGGUAGAAGAAGCUCAUCGUCUUCAUCGAUAGAAAGUAGCUGCAAAAGCAACCCAUUUGGUGGCUCUUCGAGUAAUAAUACUCGGAACCUAAGCACUGACCUGAGGCUCGGACUCAGCUUCGGCUCAUCGUCCGGUCAAUAUUACAACGGCGGAGAAAAUCAUGAAUAUGAAGUCGUUGCGGCUGCUGAUCAAGAAAUGAUCAUGGAAGAAGAGCAAGAAGAAGAUCAAAACGAGUGUAAUAGUCUUGGAAGCUUCUACGUGAAGGUUAACAUGGAAGGAGUUCCUAUUGGAAGAAAGAUCGAUCUAUAUUCCCUUAGUGGGUAUCAUGAUCUGAUCACAACGCUUGAUUACAUGUUCAACGCCUCAAUCCUAUGGGCUGAGGAAGAAGAGAUGUGUAGUGAGAAAAGUCAUGUGCUAACAUACGCAGACAAGGAAGAUGACUGGAUGAUGGUUGGAGAUGUUCCUUGGGAGAUGUUCUUGUCUAGCGUGAGAAGACUGAAGAUCUCAAGAGCUUAUCACUACUGAUUUGACCAAUACAGUGUGGCAAGUAGUUAGUUUUGUCAUGAUGUAAAUCACUUUAUCGGAAAUUUUAUUCAAAAUUUUUGUUUCUAGUUUUAUUACGUAAUGUUUUUUAUUCGGUUAUAACUUGCAAGGAUGAAUUUUUCUUUCAGAUCCUUCGUUAGAAGGUUCAUGUUUUGUUGUUUAUUAGAUUUUUUUUUUCAGAAAAAUCCCUAGCGAUAAUAAAACCAAAUAUUAUAUGAAUCGAUUUGGUACAAUAUUAUCGUAUUAUUAAUCAAAUCAAUAUUCCAUUUGUAUAAAUAAAAAAUCUAAGUUGAGUUUUAUCACAAACAAUAUUUUCAGUUUUUUUCUCUAUUUAUGUGGAAAUUCUCGAAUGAUUUGAGGUAUAAUAAUGAUUUUUAACCAAACACUGAUAGUUAAGAGUUUUGUUAUUUAAAAAAAAAAUACAAUUGAGAUAUGAUAAAUAAUUGCUAAGAAAACAAAACUUCAGUUACAAAGACUCAUGUAGGAGAUAUAUUACACUUGUUCUGCUCACCAAUGCGUUUAAAAGUUAAAAACCCAUACAAAAAAACAAGAAAACAAAAAAAAAAGAUAAAAAGAAAAACUCUUAAAGCCACUCUGAUUGUGUUCCUCACUGCACACAAAUUUACAAGAAUAAAAAAAAACAAAAAA